AUGGCUCACCUCGCCGAGAAGCUCAAACAACAAGGCAACGAUCUAUUCAAGGCAGGCGACUACGCAGCAGCAGAGGAACGAUACACGGCCGCAAUCACAAAGUUCUCCCGCAAUCCUCUGCUCUUCACCAACCGUGCACUCGCUCGCAUCCGUCUUCAAAGAUGGCAGGGCGUCAUCGACGACUGCCUCCACAGCAUCAGCCUAACACCGCACAAUGGCUUCAACUUCAAGUCCUACUUCUACCUCGCUCAGGCCCAACUCGCCCUUCAUCAUCCCAAUGAGGCGCUUUCUUCGGCUCUGACCGCAUACAACCAAGCCAUGCAUCCUCCCCCCGCCGAAGCAAACAAAGCCACCGCCGCCCUCCCCUCUCUCUCCGAACUAGUCCUCAAAUGCAAAAAGGACAAAUUCGCAGCACGCGAACGCCAUCGCAGACGCAAACGAGGCGACAUACUCGCCGAACUAGAAGAAUCUCUCGAACACAACAAACGCGCCGAACUCCAAACCAUCGAGCGCUCGCUCUCAACCUCCAGCAUCGGUGUCGUGGAAGCCCAAGAACGCAGACAGGAAAUCCUAGACACACAUCAAAAGAAAAUCGACGAGCUCAAAACGGUGUUUGCGUUGGCGGAUCCCGAGAAUCAUCAGCCUAGGGAGGUUCCUGAUUACUUGGUCGACACGAUUAGUUUCGAAAUCAUGCAUGAUCCCGUAAUUACGGGCACGGGACAUAGUUAUGAGAGAGCGACGUUGUUGGAGCAUCUGAAAACCAAUCCUACGGAUCCAUUGACCAGAGAACCUUUGACGGCCAAAGACUUGCGGCCUAAUGUUGCUUUGAGGCAGGUGCUCGAGGAGUUUUGGAAGACGGCGGGGACUUGGGCUAUCGAUUGGUGA